UGAGGAAGGCAGGAAUCAUGGCUCGCUCAUAAUAUUUAACACACCCACUGAAAGCUGGAGCCGCAGAGCUACUAGUCCAACCAGUCUCCAGAAUUCAGUGUAGCUGAAAGAGGUUUUCACUCUGCACCUGCCAAAGAUCUCUCCCCGCUUUUCCCUUCUCUCCCCCCUUCUCUCUUCCUUUCUCUCUCUCUCUUUAAAAGAAAGAUCUGUAAGACCCAGCAGAGAUCAAAGACCUCUUCGCUAAAAAGAACCUCUACUGAUUAAUAUUAGUUUCUUUCUUCUAAUCCUUCCUUCUCCCCCCUCUUUUUUUUUUUUUUUCCCUGUGCCAUAUUUAACCUUUAUGUUGCAGUUGUGCCAUCAGACAGUUUUGCAGCCAAAAAAAACCAACCCAAGCCAAAGCACAAGCCCAGCUCGGAUACAGCAGCCACCCAGACUCGAUCUCAGUUGAACAUACUAAUCUCUCCCAAGCACUGGACGCGAUGGAUGAAGAAACUGGAACCGCUCUAAGAAAAUGAUUUUCCAGCCAAUGUUCUUAAAGAGUCUGAGAGAAGAGAGGGAACAAGAGCGAGCGGGGAGCGCUUCUGCUGCAUCACUGCUCAAAUCCAAGGGAAGGGAGUCAGCGUUUCCAGCACAGCCAAAUAUUAUGGAUGAUUUUUUUUCUUCUGUCGCCUUUCCGCACAGGUUUUCUUAAUAUUUUUCCUUCCCCCGUUCUCUUCCCCAUAAUUUUUUUUAAAUUUUAUUUAAUCAGCGCCUGUGUCUGAUGUCGGUUUCUCUCCAAGAACCAGUUUUCCCCGUUUGUUGUGAUCCCUGUAAUAAAAAGAGGGAGAAAUCGUGAACAGAUGGCUUUCUAUAUUACCAUGCCGCUGGCAUUGUUUUCCUGUUGAUUUUAAAGGCUCGGUCCGGAGCUCCUUUUCUUUUUAUUUUUUUAAUAUUUUUCCCCUUUUAUUUUUUUUUUUUCCCUCCCCCUCCCAAGUUCUUGAUGAUACUGAGACAUGAGGACCUAUCGGGUUUAGCCUGUUUAUUUCUCGGCGCCUAUGGAGGUAACUUUAUUGACUUGAUCGCUCGCUUCCCGACCCGAGAGGAGCACGCCGGAGCCCCGGGGGGGGCCCGGCAGCCCCGCGCCCGCCCGGGCUCCGUCCGCCGCCUCCCCUCCCUCCCCCUCCGCCGCUAAUUCAUCAUCGCCCCGGCCAUGAAAAUGCUCCUGGUCCGCAAGUUCCGGGUGCUGAUCCUGAUGGUGUUCCUCGUCGCCUGCACCAUGCACAUCAUGAUCGACCUGCUGCCGCGCCUGGAGCGCCGGGGCCCCGAGGGCCGCCCGGGCUGCUCCUGCCCGCCGCCCGCCGCCGCGCCGCCCCGCGCCGCCGCUCCGCGCUGGCCCAGCAAGCACACGCUGCGGAUCCUGCAGGACUUCAGCGCCGAGCCGGCCUCCAACCUCUCGUCGCAGUCGCGGGAGGCGGCGGAGCGGGCGGCGGAGCGGGCGGCGGGCGGCGGGGGCGCGGCGGAGCGGGCGGCGGGGAGGGCGCGGCGCUUGAUCGGCCCCGGGGCGCCGCGCCCGCCGCCCCCCGCCGGCAACGCCGCCCCGCUGGCCGCGCUCUUCCAGCACCCGCUGUACCGCGCCGCCCUGCCCCCGCUGGCCGACGGGGACCUCCUCUUCAAUGUCAACAGCGACAUCAGGUUCAACCCGCGGGCGGCCGAGCAGCCCGAGUGGCAAAAUGAAGAUCAUCAUGAAGAAUUUUUGCCAACUGGAGAAACCUCCAUAGACUCCUACCCAAACUGGUUAAAAUUCCACAUUGGCAUUAAUCGGUAUGAGUUGUAUUCCAGACAUAAUCCUGCAAUUGAGGCUUUACUACAAGACCUUGUCUCCCAAAAGAUAACCAGUGUUGCAAUGAAAUCAGGAGGCACCCAGCUGAAGCUGAUCAUGACAUUCCAGAACUAUGGACAAGCAUUGUUUAAACCAAUGAAGCAAACCAGAGAACAAGAAACCCCGCCUGACUUUUUUUACUUCUCAGACUAUGAGAGACAUAAUGCAGAAAUAGCAGCAUUUCAUCUGGACAGGAUCCUGGAUUUCCGGCGCGUGCCCCCGGUUGCAGGUAGACUGGUUAACAUGACGAGAGAGAUACGAGAUGUUACUCGUGACAAGAAGCUGUGGAGAACAUUUUUCAUCUCACCAGCCAACAACAUCUGCUUCUAUGGGGAAUGCUCCUACUACUGCUCAACAGAGCACGCCCUGUGUGGGAAACCGGAUCAGAUCGAAGGGUCUCUGGCUGCUUUCCUGCCUGAUUUGUCAUUAGCAAAAAGGAAAACCUGGAGAAACCCUUGGAGGCGUUCCUACCACAAGCGCAAGAAAGCAGAAUGGGAAGUUGAUCCAGAUUAUUGUGAAGAGGUUAAACAAACACCCCCAUACGACAGUGGGACCAGAAUUCUGGAUAUAAUGGAUAUGACAGUUUUUGAUUUCCUAAUGGGUAACAUGGAUCGACAUCACUACGAAACCUUUGAGAAGUUUGGAAAUGAAACUUUUAUUAUCCACUUAGAUAAUGGAAGAGGGUUUGGAAAAUAUUCCCAUGAUGAACUUUCCAUAUUGGUGCCUUUAAACCAGUGCUGCAGCUUUCCUUGGAGCCCAUGGCCAGGGCUUUCAGAGGGGCCAGGUACAUCUGGAGUUUCAGCUUUGCAGGGUGAGCUCUGUGUCUGUGGGGGCUCUGGGCAGCCCUGCAGGGUGAGCCUGAGGAGCCUCUGCUGCUGUCACACGUGUCCCUGCUCAGUGCCAGUGUCACAUGUGUCAUUGCCAAGAUGGACGUGGCCCUAUGAAUGCUGCACCAGCUCCACUUGGUGCUUCUCCAGAAUCAGGAAGUCUACCUAUCUGCGAUUACAGCUGUUAGCCAAGGAGGAAUACAAACUCAGUCUCCUGAUGAAAGAAUCUUUGCUAAAAGAUAAAAUAGCUCCAAUCCUCUACCAGCCUCACUUGGAGGCGAUGGACAGGCGGCUGCGGAUUGUCCUCAAGGCUGUCAGUGACUGCAUAGAGAAGGAUGGUUAUGACAAUGUGGUUGAAAAUGACUUUAACACGGAUGUGAACACUGUUACCACCGAGAGGUAGUGAAAUGGCAAGACUAUGUUUUUACCAGCUGAGUCAAGAAGAUUCAAAGAAGAAAAGGAAACAAAAAAACAACAAAAAAGUCUUACAAAAGACUGUGUAUGCCACUUUGUGAAUUCAGUGAAUUCAGAAAUGAGAUAUAAUUGUUCCCAAAGUAGGUAAAGUGUAGACUCUGCAAAGGAUUAGUUCAUUAAGAAAAAUAAGUCUAAUGUGUUGCUUUUCAUUAGUUCCUGAAGAGAGAUUCUGAAAAGAUUCAGAAAAUACUCAAUCACUGACAGACAACAGUCUGAUAGCAAAACACCUCCUGUCCUUUUUGUAUAGAAAGGAGGCCUUUACUUAAUAUUUUGUAUUUAUAUAUGGUAUAUCUAUGAAACACCAGACCUACUUUCCAAAUUUAACUAAGAGGGACAGCAUAGUUUUGUGACUCACACUUUAUUUGUGGUGACAGUCCACUUAGUAUUUUGUGUUAACCCUUUAAGUGCUCUAAUCCACUGUAUCUUAUUUAAAUUGAAUGCUUAUUUUCCCCCCAGCUACUCAGCAUUUAAAGGGUUAAGGCAUUAUGAACUUUUAAAGGCAAAAAAUAAUAAUAAUUAUAAUAAUAAUGAUAAUAAAUACAGGGGUUACCAGAAGGGAAUUUCACUAAUUGUGCUUUGACAGGAAUACUUGAAUGUUGGUUUUACAAAGUGAUGUAAAAUGACAAGUUGUACUAUUUGUCCAUAAGGAGGUGGCAGCUCUUAUCUUUCUAGACUAUCAUAGCUGAGCUGCUACUUUUCAAUUUUGCUUUUGAUAGUUUUGUGUAAAUAUAUACAUAUAUGGGUAAAAAGCUGCUUUCAGCAGCUCUAGGCUUACUUUUGCAGCAUUUUUGUGGAAUUGUUUGCAACGUGGUAAAAGUGCAAUAAAGAUAUGCAAAAUGUGUA